AUGGCGACGCAGAGAGAGGAAGACGCCGCGGAAUAUCUAAAAAAACACAAUAUUAUCGAGCUGUUGGACAACCUGAGCUGCAUGCUCUUCUUCCACAGACCCGAGAAGCCCAGAGAGUUUCUGAUCGAGCAGCUGGAGCAGCUGAAGUUUUCUCAGCAGACCGGAAUGAAAGGACCAAAUGUGUUCAACAACGCCAACCUGGACGCAGUGUUUGGGAUCCUGGACCCCACUAAUCAGAAACACAUUACUUUUACCCAAUACAAGCAGGCUCUGAUGACACUGGGCAUUAAAGACAUUAAUGAAUGUCCUGACGGUGCAAAUGAAGACAGGAUAUCCCACGAAACCUUCAAAACCGAAGCGAUGCAAGGCCUACAGAGAUGCUCAGCAACAUAUGAACAACUGUGAACAUUUUUGUGAUUUUCCACUCACCGGAUGUGUCAUUUAUUCCACAAUAUACUGCUGAUAUGAAUUUUGGAUGUGUUCAUUAACACUUGGCCUUAUGUGGAGUUGUGUUUUGU